AUGGCGACUCUCGAACAAGAGCUUCUGGCCGACUUCGCCGAUAGCGGCGAUGAAGAUGUCCAGGACCUUGAGAAUGACUUUGCUGAGGGUUCGGGCGACGAUGACAUGGUGGACGAAGAGGCGCAAUACCGGGAGAAGAAGGACAAAGAAGACAAGGGUCCAGCCGACAUCCGAUCCGCCCAGCAGCUCAAGGCCAACCUAGACCCCGUGUUGAAGCGCAUCGAAGAAACACAGGACCAGAUGGACAUAGUCGAGGGCGAGUCCUUUGAGGAGUCUCCAGAGUACCAACUCCUCACCGAGGCCAACGAGUUCUCCACUCAGAUCGACGGCGAAACCGCUACUGUCCACAAGUUCAUCCGCGACCACUACUCAGCCUUCUUCCCCCACUUGGAAGAUUUGAUCAAGAACCCCGUCGUCUACGCAAAAGCAUGUCUAGUCAUCGGCGGCGGACCCCUCUCAGACAUCAAAGACAUAAGCCCCAAGCUACGGCAGAUUGAGGGAAUGGAGCCUGCUCAGGUCAUGAUUGUCGAAAUCGAAGCAACACGCGUCGAAGGAAGGCUGCUCAACGAGACCGAGCUCGACUUGGUAUCAAGCGCCUGCCACCUCCUCCUCGAACUCCACGCCGCCAAGUCCAAGAUCCUAGGUUUCGUCGAAUCCCGCACGGAACUCUUUGCACCGAACCUGACUGCUUUGAUUGGAAGUUUGACUGCCGCCCAUCUCAUCUCCUACUCCGGCGGUAUCGCAAACCUAGCCAAAACCCCCGCCUGCAACAUCGCGCCUUUGGGCUCAACAAAGGUUUCCGGCGCUACCGUCGGUUUGUCAAAUAUGGGUUUACGACACGAAGGUUACCUGUAUCACAGCGACAUCAUCCAGAAUCAACGCCCGGAUCUCCGGAAACAAGCUCUGCGCAUUGUAUCUGCAAAGGUCAUUCUUGCCGCACGCGUGGACGCACAUUCCAACUCGCACACCGCCGACAUUGGCAUGGACCUUCGUAAAGAAUGUGAACGCCGUCUCGACAAACUCGUCGAAAUGCCAGCCAACCAAAAAGCCGGUGGACGCGCACUCCCUGUACCCGAUGAGAAGCCGUCACGUAAGCGCGGUGGAAGACGUGCUAGAAAGGCCAAGGAAGCAACUGCCAUGACCGAAAUUCGCAAAGCGCAAAACCGCAUGACGUUUGGCAAGGAAGAGAAGGAAGUCGGUUACGGUGACUCCGUCAAGGGCAUGGGCAUGAUUGGAGCAACAGAUACCGGCCGUCUCCGCGCCCAACAAAUCGAUCCCAAGACACGCGCCAAACUUAGCAAGAAGAACCCUGGCUGGGGCACAGACACGACGCUCGGCGCUGCAUCUUCCCUCAAAGGCUUUGGAGGCAGUGGCACGGCGACUAGUCUUCGCGCACAGGGAUUGAGGACGGGAGGUGUGGGAUUGGGCGGGAGUGGAACGGGGUCUAUCGCUUUUACGCCUGUGCAAGGGCUUGAGCUUAUCGACCCGAGGGCCAAGGAGGAGGCGGCGAGGAAGAGAAAAGCAGAUGAAGAUAGGUGGUUCAAAGGGGGUAGUUUUACGCAGCUUAAUGGUGGUGGCAAGACGGAUGCGGGCGGUUUCAAGGUCCCUGCGCUGCCUAAUAAGAAACCGAGGACGGAUGCUUAG